AUGACAAGUUAUUUGGAUAACAUUUUCUUGCAAAGGUGUACAAAUGAAUAUGAAUGUCUCAUGGACGACCACAACAACAACAACAACAACAACAACAACAACAACAACAACAACAACAAUAAUAAUAAUAAUAAAAACAAGCGCAACCAAGUUAACAAAAACCGCAAAAACUACAACGGCACCAGAGAUCGAGAUAAUGCUGAUAACGGUUACGACAGCAUGCACAAUCAGAAGUACAAACAACAUCUUGCCAGAUAUGAUGACGGGGUUUACGCUGAUGACAAUGAUGACGAUGGUGACGACGACGACUUUGAUGGUGAUGAUGAUGAUGGAGAUGAUAACGCAGGUGAUGGCUCUGAUGUAGAUGGACAUAAUGAGGAAUGGUUUUCACACACGGAUGACAAAUGCGCCAAACUUGUCUCCUUCUUUCCUAAACACUUGCAAAUGCAGAGUGCUACAGACGCUCCUGCCAUGCGGGCCACUUCUCAAACUUCUACCAAGAAAAUUGAGUUAGCGAUUGAAAACCUGCCACUGAGCGAGUCCUACCUGUGCAUGUUCAAUCUCAGAAGUAGCAACUACAACAACGCCAGCAACUCCAACUUACACAACAUCAUCAACAACGUGGCAAACCUUGACAGAAAAAAUGUCAAAAUGAAAAAUCAGAAUGUCAAUGCCCAUAUUAACAAUGUUACGAAAAAAAAUAACGGAGUUAAGAUGAACAAAAUCAGGAACAACAUCGCUAAAAACAACACCAACAAUAACAAAAUCAUUUACAACAACACCAGCAGUUUCGACGGAACCAACAAAACCUUUCAAUCACAGGCAAGAAUCGUUGUCAACAGCAGAACAAAAAAUUUUAAAAAUAACUCCACCAACCACAACAACAAUAACCACAGCAACAAUAGCAACAACAACAACAGCAGAAACAUUAACGCGGGAAACAACAAAGGAAAACAGACCUUAUUGCAGUGCAGUGUACCAAUUUCUAUGCUAAAUAAAGCGAAUGAAGAAUCAAUCGUAGUUCGCAAAUUGAAUGUGGCUGAUGUGAAGAGAAUUCUGCUGAAGCGAAAACAGUAUAAUCAGGUGGCUAUCGAUUCAUCUCAAUGA